AUGAACAGGUCCCUUCGUGUUUCCAAAGCACACCGGCCGCGCUUCCAGACGGUCGGGUUACAUGCAGUUUCGGAAGAGCUGAACAGCACUUACGUGCAGUUCCGAAAGAGCUGCACAGCACCUGCUGAAACUUUCACGUCAGACGUAGACCCCAACACACUGCACGUGACAGCGCCACCCACGGCGCGCCAUUCUGCGUCUACACUGGCAGGAGACGGGCUGCGGUGGAACAAGACCAGAGAUAUUAUAACGCACGAGACGAGGGUCCCGCGGAGCCAGCGCACCGCUUGCAGCGUGCGCGAAGUGCGCUUGCAGUGGUGUAUGUGUCUGACCCAACACGAGCUUGCUGUUCAAAAGAAGACUGUUGUGACGCACUACACUACUAUGACGGAGAACGGAUGCACGCGGGAGUCCUUUGAGUCAGGAGAAAAACAUGAGGGCAGUGUGUACAUCGAAUCCAAAGCGGGCUGGAAACGGCAUACAUACCGUGCAAGACGACCACGAAAAGUGCUGCGGCUACACAAGAGACGAGGUCCCGACAUCACAUCCGCGGUCAUCUAUUACCUGAAACAGACAGGGGACACAUGCACGAAAAAACGCUUGGCGUUAUCAGUCGUCGGAGAAGACAGCGCGUACACGCGUGUGAAGUCUGUGCUGAGGAAGCUGAGUCAUGUCUUCAACGUGGCCAAAACGCAAAAGCUGAUCUUGUCGUCCAGCGGUGGGUGGCAAUUGCUGCUGAAGCCGGAUCCGUCCCAAGAAUCUCUUCCGCGUGGCCUUGAUGCACUUGGUGACGAUGCGAUUAUCAGAGAUCUACGCACUUCAGCCCUUUUCGUCGGAAAAAGCCAUAGCGUCUUCGUUCCUCUUCGGUUUGCUGUGUUUGUCAAUGUGAAGCAUAUGUCUAUACUGACUGGGUCUGGCUGUGUUACUUUGCAGCCCCGAGGCCGCGGGACGAACUACACAUGCGCAGACGUGAGCCUCGAUGACGCGUCGCUCGCAGCAUUGCCAGUGGCGACCAAGGCCGCGUUGCCAGCGGUAAUAAUGGUAGCAGAUAAGACCACCAAGCAGGCAGGGAAUGACGGCAGGAAGCCGGAAAUUAUAACGCGCCUUGCUGCUGUGGUAGACCUGCUGGCGGCAAUGGUACCGGCGACGAGCCGUCUGUAUCUGACGAGAAGUUCUGCUGCAGGGAAGCCUGACCCGGAUGCGCCGGAGCAGAUACAGCUCCAAAGAGAGGACGAGUUUCAACGACUUCACCCAGACAAUGUAUAUCUGCAUUCACAGGACCAGCUGGAUCUCAUUUUCCCUGGAGGAAUGUAUCAUCCUGUCUUUGUAGUUGAUUCAGAAACUCGAUCGAUAGAAGUAGGAUCGCGAGCCGUGCACGCCUACCCAACGUGGAGCAGCUCGUACGUAUGUACAGGUCGGCGUCGUGUACGCCUUGUAGAAAGCUCCUGGGAGGCCUUGAGAAAACGCGAGAUUAGCGAGCCACGCUCACUCCUCGCCCCGAGCCACGGCUGGAAACUUCUAGCGAAGCUGCUCGUUGCUCGUGCGGGCUCGCAAACGGAACAACAGCCUCAAGUCGUCUUGUUGAGGCUCUUCCGAGAGAAAGAUAAGAACCAAGAGCAUUGGCAAGAGGAGCUGUUGGGCUGGAUUGAGGAGACAUCUCCACUGUUCGUUUCUUGUUCUGCCUGCGUGCCAGCCAAUGUACACGAAUUCCGACAAAUUUUGGCAGCGGACGCCGAUACCGCUAAUAACCUUAUUAGGCUACGAACCGAGGCUCCCUUGAAGCAUGUGCUGGCGGACAAAAUGAUACAACUGUACAACAUAAAUAAGGAGGAGUUGUACAGUAUGUGGGAUGAAGCCACUGAGCACUCUGCCGUCGAUCCACAUACCAUGGAGGGCGUGUUCACGAGGCCUAUAAACGUACCUGUUUUCCGUCCGAUCGAUCCCCGGGAUGUACUCGUAUCUCCUGCAGAUUCUGUUGUUCAACAGUUGUACCGACUUACUCCUGACAAGUAUCGAGAGAUACGCGAUGUUCGCAUACCUAAC